CCUGCGAGUCACGUGUCGGGGCGGUGCGGUCACGUGAGCGGGCGAAGAUGGCGGCGGCGCGGCGGCUGCUGCCGCGCUGGGCGGGAUCGCUGCGGCCCGUGAGCUCCGCGGCGGCGGCGAGCGCGGGGUACCCGAAGCGAGUGAAGGUGGUGGAGGUGGGACCCCGAGACGGGCUCCAGAACGAGAAGAAUGUUGUACCCACACCAGUGAAGAUCAGUUUAAUCAACAUGCUGUCAGAGACGGGGCUGCCGGUCAUAGAGGCCACCAGCUUCGUGUCCCCCAAGUGGGUUCCUCAGAUGGCUGAUCACACCGAGGUCAUGCAGGGCAUUAAUAAAUUACCUGGGAUCAGCUACCCUGUGCUGACUCCAAACCUGAAGGGAUUCCAGGCAGCGGUGGCAGCAGGGGCCAAAGAGGUGUCGAUCUUUGGGGCAGCAUCCGAGCUGUUCACCAAGAAAAACAUCAACUGCUCCAUAGAGGAGAGCCUGGAGAGGUUUGAUGAGGUCAUGAAGGCAGCCAGGGAAGCCAGCAUUCCUGUCAGGGGAUAUGUUUCCUGUGUCCUCGGAUGUCCCUAUGAAGGGAAGAUUUCUGCAGCUAAAGUUGCAGAGGUCUCCAAGAAGAUGUACUCCAUGGGGUGCUACGAGAUCUCCCUGGGGGACACCAUCGGCGUGGGCACCCCCGGCAGCAUGAAGGACAUGCUUACAGUGGUCAUGAAGGAGGUGCCCGUGGGGGCUCUGGCUGUCCACUGCCACGACACCUAUGGACAGGCUCUGGCCAACAUCCUGGUAGCCCUCCAGAUGGGGGUGAGCGUGGUCGAUGCUUCCGUGGCUGGCCUUGGAGGGUGUCCCUAUGCCCAGGGAGCCUCUGGCAACGUGGCCACAGAGGAUUUGGUGUACAUGCUCAACGGGCUGGGCAUCCACACGGGAGUGGAUCUCCAGAAGCUGAUGGACACAGGCACCUUCAUUUGCAAUGCUCUGAACAGAAGAACCAAUUCCAAGGUGUCUCAGGCAUCCUGCAGACUGUGACACUGAGCGGAAUUUCUCCUUGGAUCAAGAAAAAAACUGAGGAUCCAGCACUGGCUGGGAUUCCUCUCUGAUCUCCCGAGCUCCUUCCCGGCUCAGCGUUUGAGAGGAAACUCAAAAUGCACCAGAAUUGUGAAGAAAUGAAAGAAUAUUCUAUUUUAUUGUAUUAUAUUGGACCUUGAGGAUGUCACCAUUUGCCUUAAAGAAGGGAGGACACGGAGGGGCUGAGAAGAGCUCUGACCAGACCAGCACCCACCAGCUCCUGCCUGCAGAGCAAAGGACAAGGCACAGAUUUUGCAGUUAGAGCACUUCUCCAGGUCAGGCUUUGCCCUUCCUCCCUUCUCUCCUCUCUGCAAAGGCGAAGGCUGAGUCCAGAGGCUCCCCCCGUGCUCCAGGUGCCAGCCUUGGGCCAUCUCAGCCUUCAGGGACUGUGCUACUGGACUGUGUAUCUGUUGUAAGAUACCUCUAAAUGCCAGCAGUAAUAAACACGUUAUUUAAUAAUCUAAA